AGCAUAAACACCGUGUGAAAUACUGGUGUAAAUCAGAAAAUAUUCAACCCUGCACACCAACUACUAAAGUGACCAAGGGGACCAUCGCUGAUGUUCAGGAUAAAUUAGUCUUUCUACUUAACAUGACGAACCUGCAGCAGUCGGAUUCGGGAAAUUAUCAGUGUUUUGUGGGUGAAAGAAACACUAAGGAAAUGUCUGACAAUCUGUUCUUCCUGGUUACUCCAACUGCUCAGAGUGUGAGGACUGAGAGCUGGGUUUCUGCACGGAGAGGAGGACCUGCCACCAUCUCAUGUUACUAUGACCAAAAUUAUAAAGAUAAAACCAAAUACUUGUGUAGAGGAUAUGAACGGGAUUCCUGCUCCACAAUAGCACAGUCAGAUGGGGAACAGAGUAGAGGGAAAGUGUCAGUCUCUGAUGACCGUGACCAAAUGGUGUUUAAUGUGAUCAUAAGUGACAUGCAGGAGAAGGACUUUGACUAUUACUGGUGUGCUGUGGAGGCGUCUGCAGCCCAAAAUGAUCGUGCCUUUGUGCCCCUGAUAGUCCGGGAAGUAACCCCUGUGUCAACUACACAACAGACAGAACAGGACCAUCAUACAACACUGAGAGCUACUGUUUCUUCUCCUUGUCCUUUGACAUCCAAUGCAACAAGACAGAACACCACAGAUUCAAGGGGGCGAGCUCUGCAUGUCACUCUGCACAUUGCUGUAGGCCUCGUCUACUUGAUCUGCACCAUUGUGGCUGUGAUGAGAACCUGGAGAUACUGCAGUGGUGUGUUCCAUACAUGAAGGAUGAGUGGUUAU